UGAGGACCUAGGAGCUUUCUCUGCCAGUAACAAGAUGGCGGAAUUUCAGAAAAAAGGGUCGGACCUCGAAGAUUUUCAAAAAUAAUACAGAAAUAAUUAAUAGUACAGCGUAACUAAACAUAUAAAUACGAACCAAGAAGUAGCAUUUUAUUUGUUUGCUUCUAUAACAGUUUAUAUAUUCAUUCCGAAGGUUUUUCUCUUUCUCACUGAUUUUAUUUUAAGCGCACCUCCCCGUGUACCCCUCCCGCAGCCAUGGCGGAGGAGAGGAGACCGAAACAGUGCAGCAUGGUUCUGCCCACGGAGUCCAUGAAGGCCAUGGCGGAGUCCGUGGGAGUGGGGCAGCUCCAGGAGGAGAGCUGCGUGGCGCUGAGCGAGGAGGUCAGCUAUCGCAUCAAGGAGAUUGCUCAGGACGCUCUUAAGUUCAUGCACCACGGGAAGAGACGGAAACUGACGACCAGCGACAUCGACCACGCCCUCAAACUGAAGAACGUAGAGCCACUGUAUGGGUUCCAGUCUCAGGAGUUUAUCCCCUUCCGCUUCGCCAGCGGAGGCGGGAGAGAGCUGCAUUUCUACGAGGAGAAGGAAGUGGACCUCAGCGACAUCAUCAACACGCCCCUUCCCCGUGUCCCCCUCGACGUCUCACUCAAAGCUCAUUGGUUAAGCAUUGAAGGGGUCCAGCCUGCCAUUCCAGAGAACCCUCCCCCAGCCCCCAAAGAACAGCAGAAAUUGGAGUCCACCGAGCCGCUCAAAGCUGUCAAACCGGGACAGGAAGAGGAGCGGUCCAUCCAGGGCAAAGGUCAAGGGGCGACCGCUGCAGACAGCAAAGGAAAGGAGAAGUGCAUGAUUAGGCUGAAGCCGCGCAGCACCCACGAGUUGUCUGUGGAGCAGCAGCUCUACUACAAGGAGAUCACAGAGGCCUGCGUGGGGUCCUGCGAAGCCAAGAGAGCCGAGGCGCUACAGAGCAUAGCCACAGAUCCUGGUCUAUACCAGAUGUUGCCUCGGUUCAGCACCUUCAUCUCAGAAGGGGUGCGAGUGAAUGUCGUGCAGAAUAACUUGGCUCUGCUGAUCUAUCUGAUGCGAAUGGUUAAGGCUCUGAUGGACAACCCCACUCUCUACCUGGAGAAAUACCUGCAUGAGUUGAUCCCGGCGGUGGUGACAUGCAUAGUGAGUAAGCAGCUGUGCUUGCGGCCAGAUAUGGACAAUCACUGGGCCCUGCGAGACUUCGCCGCCCGCCUCAUGGCCCAGAGCUGCAAGACCUUCAGCACCACCAACAACAACAUCCAGUCCCGCAUCACCAAGACCUUCACCAAGAGCUGGCUGGAUGAUAAGACGCAGUGGACGACACGUUACGGCUGCAUCGCAGGGCUGGCAGAGCUGGGGCCUGAUGUGAUAAAGACCCUGAUCCUGCCGCGCCUGACGAUUGAAGGAGCUCGGAUCAAAGCGGUCAUGGAGGGACCCGUCGUGUCCAACAUCGACAAGAUCGGGGCGGACCAUGUACAGAGCCUCCUGCUGAAGCACUGUGCCGGCGUGAUUGCAAAGACGCGGCCGCUUCCCGACAACCCGGACCAGUACCGGGCUGACUACGGCUACUUGGGCCCCAUGCUGUGCUCCCACGUGGCGAAGGCCCGGGCGCAGGCGGCCCUGCAGGCGCAGCAGGUCAACAGGACCACCCUCACCAUCACCCAGCCCCGCCCCACCCUCACCAUCUCCCAGGGGGGCUCUGGGGGGUCUGUGUCCCGCACUCCCAGUAUCAUCAAGGUGCCCAGCUCCCUCACCCUCCCCAUGCAGACCCUGGUGUCAGCCCGGCCCGGGACCCCCACCCAACCCUCACCCCCAGCAGCCAAGUACAUCGUCAUGGCGACCAGCGCGGGGGCGGCCUCCACGCAGCAGGUGAUAACGCUCAGCUCCUCCCGGUCCAGCUCCCCGAUCACCAGCACGGCCCCCAGCUCCGCCUCCACACUGCAGCCCGUGGUGAAGGUGGAGCACGGGGGCGCGGGCGGUGGCGGGGGAGCCGGCGGGGUGGGCGGCUCCCGCACGCUGCAGAAGUACAUCGUGGUGUCCCUCCCGUCGGCGUCGGCCGCCGAAGGCAAGGGCUCCAGCCUGCCUCCCCCGUCCCCGCUGUCCUCGGCCCCACCCUCCGCCACUUCGCUGGAGUCCGGGGUCAAGCUGGAGCGCUCCGAGUCCCCCGGGGCCAGCACGCAUUCCCCCCACUGAGACUGAGUCCGACCGGGGAGGGUCGGGGUGGGGUUUGGGGGGCGGGUGAUGUAGAGCCACGUCACACAACACCAGGAGGGAGAUAGCGCAGGGAGACUGAUUUAGGUGCUUCUUGUUUGUGUGACGCUGGUACAGGGACAAAGAUGAAACGUGGGAAGGGACACAGGCCCAAGGCUUGAAGGCAUCGGGGGGGGGUAAACAUAAGCGGCGUCACAGGAGGAGGAGGGGAAGAGAAAGACAGAGGAAGUGAUAUGAGGAGGAGCUUGGAGGGGGAAUAUACUGUCUGACAGUAACUGUGGAAAAGAGCAGCAAGGCACUGUGUGGAUUCUGAGCAGAGAGUCUUUCUCUCCUCUCCCCCUGUCUUAAACACACACACACACACACACACACAAACCAUGGUUCUCUUUGUCUG